AUGGGAGGAAAAAUCGACAGAUCCAUCAAUGUUGGCACAAGCCCACCUGUAUUUAGAUUGCAUGGCCAAAAUUUCCAUUUAAUUGGAAGCUUGCUGCCACAACAAGGUCAAAGGCCGAAGUUUGCCCAGUUGUAUAUUUACGACACUCAGAAUGAAGUUAACAAUAAGAUGAAUGCAGUCGGGGACAAUAAUAGUACCAAAAGAUUGAAUCUUGAUAUUGUUCAAAAUAUUAAAGAUGCUUUGGAUGAAAACAAUGCUUUCGUGAAGACAUUUCGCAAUGCAAGUGCACAUAUUGAGAAUAAUCCUACAGCAGAGAUCAAAAUCAAAUUGAUAAGUAAGAGAUCAAAAGAUGCUUGGACAUAUAGCUUGCCCCAAGUUCAAGAAGUUGCCGCUUUGAUUGUUGGUGAUAUAGAUCCAAAUAUGGGACAGCGUGACAUAUUGGUGGAAACGAAUUCAGGCAAUCUACAAAGAAUUAAUGAAUUGAAUCCGUCAUAUCUACCACUACAAUAUCCACUACUAUAUCCAUACGGUGAAGAUGGCUAUAGAGAAGACAUUCCGUUUGCGGACAUUCUUGAUAGGGCAUCCACAGCAAGAAAUCGUGUAUCUCCACGUGAGUAUUUCUCUUUCCGUUUGCAAGAUAGGUUGGAUCAGACAUCAACAUUAUUGUAUGCAAGAAGGUUGUUACAACAAUAUAUUGUUGAUGCUUAUACUAUGAUAGAGUCUGGCCGUUUAGUCUACAUUAGAACACACCAAAAAACUUUGAGAUGUGAAUCUUAUAGGUGUUUGACUGAUGCUCUGACUAAUGGAGAAGUAGAUCCUACUGCUCAAGGAAAGAGGAUAAUCUUGCCAUCUAGCUUUACUGGAGGUGCCAGAUAUAUGAUUCAAAACUACCAAGAUGCAAUGGUCAUUUGCAAAGCUAUGGGUUAUCCGAGCCUCUUUAUUACUUUUACAUGUAACCCGAAGUGGCCCGAGAUAGAAAGGUUUCUAAAAGCACGCAAUUUAAAGGUGGAAGAUAGGCUAGAUAUUAUAUGCCGCGUUUUCAAAAUGAAGCUAAACGCUCUUAUUUCAGAGAUUCGCAAGAAUAACAUUUUCGGAGUCGUUUCAGCUGUGAUUUAUACUAUUGAAUUUCAGAAAAGAGGGUUAUCGCAUGCGCAUAUUUUGGUAUUCUUGGAAAAGAAUGACUCUCCUAAAACCCUAAAAGAUAUAGACAUGUGGAUAUCUGCUGAGAUUCCAAAUGAGAUAUGUGAUCCAGAGUACUACAAAGCCAUGCAAGAAUUCAUGAUGCAUGGUCCUUGUGGUUCAUGUAGGAAGAAUACACAUGGUAAAUGGCCGAUGUUCUAA